AUGGCUGACAGCUUGGAAUUGAGACGUUCUGAUAGACUCAAAGACUUGGAUCCAGUUGAUUACGACGAGUGCAGCGUCAGUGGCUCCCAGCCCGAGUCCGAACCCAAGCCUGCGUAUGGGAAACGGAAAAGGGAAAUAUCAGACGACGGAAGCGAUUAUAGGCCGUCUAGGGAAGGCACGCCGGUCAAUGACACUCCGAAGACUCCAAAACGGAGAGUCAUCGGCAAGAAAAAGAUCCACUGGUACUGUGUGAUCCCCCACCCUCGCCUCUCAGGUGGUGCACGUUCUAGAGCAAAGCGUGCAAUCCGCCAAGGGUUCACCAACGCGUUUCACAAGCUCAAAUUUGUGCCGUCCAACGCGCGGCCACACUUCAUGAUCGUGAAUGCCGCCAUGAAGAUCAUGGAGAACAAGGAGCUGUGGGUGAAGAGUCUGCAGGAGUUCUACGAAAGAGUUCACCUCAAAGUCGACGCAUCCCGCGUUGUAGAGAAAUUCUUGAGAUUGAACGCGUUGUGGACUGCGCCACCACCGGGGGAGGCACAGUUGAGGAGGAAACAGGAACAUAUGCUUCCUAUGAACUUUCGGACAGGCGUACAAAGGACGCCUGAACGGUCGAAGGACCGCAAACCGGAGGCCCGCAGGUCCAACGGUGAACCGUACGUUAGCACCCUCAAGUCGAAAGUCGCCCAAUUGGCACCUACUGGACCACGGUGCUUGUUGACCCACCAAGACGACAAGUCGAUUCAGGGAUGUCACGUUAUUCCGCGAAGAACCGACAAAAAAUUGCGUGAGCGGCUGGCGGCAUGGUGGGGGCUUACAGAUUUCGACAUCGACACACCUUUCAACCUCUUCUUGCUAAGGGCCGAUCUUCACUCCUUGUGGGACAAAGGGCAAAUCAUAUUCGUGCCUGAGCCUCAAAUCAUUGGUGAUUACAUGAAACAAUACAUUUCUCCCAUCAAUGUAGGCGUGCCACUGGACGAACCAUUUAGAGUGUGCAAUGGUCCCCUUUACAAAUACUGCGUUGUCGCCCAUCGCGACCUUCCCCGCUCAGAAGCAGAAAGUAAUUUUCCGAGGGCCCUCGACACCGUGGGCUGGAUGUUUUCCCGCGUUCCUCCUCAUUUCAUCUUAUACAAUGUCGGUCUGGCGCUAUCGAAGGGUGGCGGGCCAGGUGACUUCGAAGUAGCUCUAGACGCCUUCUACAAGGAGCACAAAGUCGAAUAUGAAGCGAUCAACGUACUCACUGAUAUCAAAGACAUCUACUCUCAAUUGACAGAAGGCAUGCUGCACGACGGCAGCAUGGAUUCCACCACCGAAGAAGCCGUCAGCAUGAAUUCCGCCACCGAAGCAGCCUUUUUUAUGGACUCAGACACCGAAGAAGCCUGUUGGACGGAUUCCGCUACCGAAGAAGUCUUCAGCAUGGACCCCGCUGCCGAAGAAGCCUGUCGGACGGAUUCCGCUACCAAAGUAGCCUUCAGCUGGGAUCCCGCUACCGAAGCAGCCUUUUGGAUGGAUUCCGAUACCGAAGAAGCCUGUUGGACGGAUUCUACUACCGAAGAAGUCUUCAGCUGGGAUCCCGCUGCCGAAGAAGCUUUUUGGUUGGACUCGCUGUCUCGAUUGCUGGAUUCAAGAUGA